UUGAAAAGAGGUACCCGGCGUGCCGCUUGCAGCAUUUUCCUAGCGUGCUGUAUGAACGUUUGUUGUUUGAACCGGAAAGUCGUCGACAUUUUGCCCUCCAAAAUGCCAAAGUACUAUUGUGACUACUGUGAUACUUACCUCACCCACGACUCGCCGUCUGUCAGGAAAACACACUGCAAUGGAAGGAAGCAUAAAGAGAAUGUCCGCAUCUACUACCAGAAAUGGAUGGAGGAACAAGCGCAGAGUUUGAUCGACAGAACCACGGCUGCAUUCCAGUCCGGCAAAAUCCAGCACAACCCGUUCAAUGAGGGCGGGCCUGGUGGCAUGCCUCCGCCUCCCGGUGGGGCAGCAGUCCCACCCCCCUCCAACUACGGCGGGCCUCGCGGUCCCAUGCCUCCGAGGGGUCCCAUGGGGGCGCCGAUGAUGGGUGGACCACCGGGCCAACGACCGCUCAUGCAGAACCCUCCAGGCCUGAUGAGUAUGGGUCCCAGACCACCAAUGAUGCCGCCCCUCGGGCCAGUUCCUCCUGGAGAAAUGCCGCCUCCCGGUGGACUCCUCCCAAGACCAGGCCUCCCCGUCUCAAACGGACCCUCUUAGUAUCAACUGAAACUAGACAUGUUGCCUUUUUAGCUCAUACAAAGUUUUUUUUCGGUUGUGUUCUGUUGUAUGGAGAAAGCCUCAAACCCCAAACAAUUUUAAUGUUCAGUCAACAACACCAGCCAUUCCUGUUGAAGUCAUUAUGGAAAAAAAACAAGGAGUUUUAAAAUGCAGCCAACCACCGUGCGUGCCGUACCUAGAAGAUGCUCUUUUACGAUACAUAGUCGUUGACACUCCGCACUUACUGUCCUGCAAGUAAUUGAUAUGAGAUCCUUGUUGUUGACCUUAGGGACAGCACAGACAUGACAAAAAGGCGUGUAAAUAAGUGCAUUUAAGGUCUGCGAACACACAAAACUUGAAGUUAGGUUGGCACAUCCAAGAAAUGUGUGGCUGUCAGCAUCAAAUAGAAAUUUAGGUGAAAUCAACCAGAUCACAAAUUCUUAACAUGGCAUUUGUGCCUGUUUUAGAACGAACUUCAUGUACUGGGAAGGGUGACCAUUUCAGAACUGGGUUAUAAUGUAUGUCUUUUCUCAGUUGGUAUCGAUUUUUGUAAAUAAAUGUGUGUGUAGUUCAUGUCGUUAUGUAUACAGUUCACCCUUUUGCAUAAUUAAAAUGUUUUGGGAGACAGCAUAA